CAUUGGUGUUUGGGAAUUCUAUGAAGACUUUACACCCAUUGCUGGUUUUAUAUGCAUCGUUGGAAUGAAGACUGUACAUACGAUGUUUGUGUUGGAUCGCGGAGCUGAAAAUUAUCAGCCAACCGUAACAGUGGAAAAAAUGCUGUCAGAAUAGACUGUGUGGUUGCGUCUCUACCAAACUAAACUUCCAAAACAACUGUUAAACUGUGUGGCUGAUACAUGUGUUGAACCCAUGGACUGUUGUCUUUUGAGUUUUCUUCAGAGAAAAUAAGACUUGUGUGUUCUUCUGCUUGAUUAGUUUAUAUUGUCAGUUUUACUUCUGCGUACUGGAAAAAACACACCCAAAGCAUUUUGAGUUGUGUUGCUUUAUAGUUUAGACAUGGAACUUUAGUUUGCAUACCCACCAGGGUCAUUGAGUUGGACAUUCAGCAGAAAGCCAACGGAACGUUGAAGUACUUUUUUUACCCUUAGAAUGUCUUGAGGUACGUGUAUAAUAAGAGAAUGAUGUCGUCUGAGUUUUCAGAGUCCUUGCCAUCGGAUUUAACAUUGGAUUUAUUGAAGCUACCUUUGCAUUUACACAGUGACGAGGGGAGUGGUCUUGAGAUUCACAAUCUUGUAGAAGACAAGGAUGUGGCGGCUAAAGCGGUGACGCUGGUUGUCAACAGUAGCCGAAAGGGCGUCGUCUCUCUAUGUGCUGAUGUUGCCAACAUUCUCAGGGCAAAGAAAAAAUUGGAGCACACUAUUGAGUUACAGCAUAAAGAGUUACUGAGACUCAGGCGGAACGGACAACUCACUGUCGGUGGUGAUAGCAACAGGACGAGUCGAUCCACGAGUCCCACACCCCCAUCCCCGAGGUCCUUUGAGUCAUCACUGAUGCAACAACGUCAUUCCAGUCACCUUGCGCUGUCUCGAUCAACGUCAAUAUGCAGCCAGUGUUCCUCCCUUUCCUCCUCACCGCGAUUGGAACGAGCCGCCUUCAACCAAUCCAAAGUGUCUACAGAGUCACACGACUCUGGAACACAUCACCAUUUAGAGCUUCUGCCCAAUCAGUACGUCGUGACGGCUGAGGUUCAUCGGACGUCAUCAGCGUGCAGUAGUGAGGAUGCUCAAAGUUAUCAGAAGUCACCAGAAACAAAAAGGAAGACGGUGGAGACAUUUUCCAAGGAGGUGCAGUGUUCGAGUCUCUCCGAUGAAAACCGAGAAUUAGAAAAAAAACAUCAAGACGUUUGUGCUGCCAGAGAAAGACUUGAAGACAGUCUCCAGAAAGCCAGGAAGGAGAUCGAAGAUCUGAAAACCCGACUCUACAUCUCAGAAGAUAUUAGAGAAGAGCAUCAAAGCAUGAUUUGUGACCUGAGUAUCGAGAAUGAGGUAAAGGGAGGCUGGACAGAAACAUCGAGAACGGACACCGACAGCCGAUCAGAAACAUCCAUUAAUCUACCCUUACUGAGUCCGCGUGACCAUGGCAACCAGUGUUGGCAGGGCAACGGGCUCGUCUCCGAGAAUCAUUCAAAUCCCUACCCUUCACCUCCACAUCCCCCAGUUCAACAGCACUUUGUAUCAGGGUGUCUGUGUAUACCUUGCCAAAAGCAGAUGCAAGAGGGCGCCAGGCAGAAUGCACCAUCUCAGGGACAGACCGUAAUCCGUGGUGGAAAUCACAGAUUCACAGUCCACAUCGACGAUCGAGUAGCGACAAAGGGUGACAGAGUUGGUCUGAUUCGUUAUAUAGGGCAUUUAGAAAGCACAAACUCAUCUCAUACGGUGUACGCAGGCUUAGAGCUUGAAGCACCAGCUGGUCGUCAUGAUGGCUUCAUCAAUGGCAAACGUUAUUUUUGGUGUCAUCGAAACCAUGGACUUUUUGUGCCUUUGCAAGAUAUCGUUGCCAUCGUUAAUAAGAAGGCUACCAAGAGACCGAAGACAGUGGAUGUAAGUCGUCAUCGAGAGCAUCGUGGUCACAGUAAACAUCAACAAAGCGGUCGCCCAGUAGAUCUCAAACAUAAAUCAGGGAACCGGACUUCAUCGGGAAAGAAACUCAUAUCAGCAGACAGUACCAGUCUAAAACGGAGCAGUAGUCUACCAGCUCCUUCUAUUACAUGAUCCUUAUUGAUGAUUCUUGUGGAACAACUCCAAGAUGUUCAGCUGCAUCGUGCCUCCGAGGCCUCAAGUUUCAUCCAUUCUGUAUCGAUCUUCACUUGUGUUACAAACUCCACCUGUCCUGCUUGACGUGGCAAUACUUGGAUAUAAAAUGGGAAGAAUUAAAUAGAUGGGAAGAAUUGUUCACCAGUGAAGGGAGAAUACGUUACUAUCUCAGUUUGAACAACUUUAAAGAUCUCUCUGCAGGAGAAAGGCCUCAAGAAUGUCUGUGUUAUAGGAACAAUUGUUCACCGCUUAAAGACACUGGACAUAUGCACAUAUGCACAGUAUAACAAACCUCUGAAAAUUUUAGCUCAAUUGG